CACCACUCUAGCUACGUACGAUACGGAUCAUAUCUCAUUGCAGUACUUUUUCUGUGGCCUGUCCACUUGUAGUUCCCAUGUAGUUCUAGAGCAUCUUUCGCCGAAAACCCCAGUUGUAAUAACCCACGCACAAACACGUUACUUUGCUUAUGAUACAUCAUUUUCGGUGUUCACCGAUUACCAUGUCCACUGUGUGAUGUUGAACAUCGGGCAUAUCAUAACGACGCUGACGGCGGCAUUCUUUGUCGUUGCAAGCUAUGUGAUCCUAUUCAACACGUUUCUACCGCUCUCUGGUGUUUAUGCCCUUGACGUCCUCGCGCAAGACACCCAUUACAAGUACUUUACCCUAUUCAUCAUUCCCAUGGGCGCGUACUUUGUGAUUGCAAACUGGGUAGGCUGGCAGUACUACCAGAAUUCUUGAUUGCGAGAUUCCGGUAUACGCCUUACACGACACACGGCACCAGAUACUUGAGCAUAAGCUUUCGAUACAGGUAUUGCAGGGUCUAGCCAACAAUGGUGUACUACAUGUGCAUAAAUAGGUAUCCAAACGUGGUGCAUAUCGAGGAAAUUGCACAAGGUGAAUAUGGAAGUAAAUAAGUUAUAAGUAAAAAGUAACAAGACUAUCGGUAUGCCAUCAUGGAGGUU